AUGCAAGCUUACAAACGUUAUGCUGCUCGACGUGGCAUAAGUACUUUUCUUUACAGCGACUGUGGUACCAAUUUUGUCGGGGCAAAUAGGCAGCUACGAACACUUUUCAAUGAUGCCUUUGCUGUCUCACCAACCAUCAGCCGUUAUCUUGCUGAUAACGGAACUACGUGGAGGUUCAACCCUUCAGCCGAUCCGCACUUCGGAGGACUUUGGGAAGCAGCUGUUCGUUCUGUAAAACACCAUCUUUGUCGAGUAGUGGGAGAUACUUCUCUGACUUUUAAGGAAAUGAAAACCUUCCUCACGCAGGUGGAGGCUUGUUUCAAUUCACGAGCGCUACAGGCUCAGAGCGAUGAUCCGAAUGAUCUGGUACUGUUAAAGCCGAGUCAUUCCGUGAUCGGUUCUCCAAUCUUCACGGUUCCAGAACUUUCUCUCAUCGACCUUAAGCAAAAUCGACUGCAACGCUGGCAGCUUACCAGACAGAUGUAUGAAGAUUUCUAG